AUGGAGGAAGACCUGUCUAGAUUGUGGGGAAACCUCUCCCUGACGGAGGAUGAGGAGGUGGAGGUGGAGAUUAAGCGUGAAGCCUUAUCAGGGAUUGUCUCCAGAGGACAAUCUUGCUUAGUGGGGAAGCUACUUACUGAAAGGUUCAUUGGAAAAGAUAUAAUCAGAUCACAACUAAUACGGUGGUGGAAACCAACGGGCAGACUAACUCUCAGGGUCGUAGGGGAAAACACGUUUUUAAUCGACUUCGAGCAUUACUGGGACAAAACUCGAAUUCUCGAGGGAUGUCCUUGGGUGAUCGAAGGGAACGUAUUUUCAGUGGCAGAAUUCGAUGGAGUCACUCCGUUGGAGCAGAUCGAUUUUGUGAAGGUGGCGUUCUGGGUGCGGAUGUACAAACUCCCCCUUGCUUGUAUGGGAACUGAGGUUGGGAAACAGAUUGGUUCCACGGUAGGUUUUGUGGAGGAGGUUGACACAGAUGAAGAUGGUAUUGGAUGGGGAAAGUUUCUACGUGUUAAAAUCAGAUUAGAUUUAACCAAGCCACUGGCUAGGGGCCGGAGGCUAAAAAUUGAGGGUUCAUCAGUAUGGAUUAAUUUCCAAUACGAACGAAUCCCACGUUUUUGCUUUCACUGUGGCGUUGUGCUCCAUGGCAGGAUGGGGUGUAUGAAAAAACCUGGACCUGGCGUUUUAGGAAGUGCAACUGAAUAUGGUCCGUGGCUGAGGGUACCACCACCUGGCCGGCGAGUUCGUGGGGGAGCAGAUGCAAUGUCCGAGAGAAUGGAGACUGAUCAGUCCAUGUUUGGCAACCGAACAGGGACAGGAAUAAAAAGUAUGGCUAGAGAGGGGACAAAGACUACUUUCGGUGAAGAUAGUGGAACCUACUAUGGAACGCCGGCGGAGAUGGAGGAAGAAAACGGAACCGCCAAUCCAACGGCGGAAAUUCAUCCAAAGGGGAAAGAUCCGAUGGAGAAGGGAAAGGAUGGUCAUUAUGACUGUAUUAAUGCUAAUUCCGGAAAUCAUGGAGGAAUCAAUUACUUUGGGCAAGGAUCCGUUGCAGCUUGGAGAGAAAUGUCGCCAUUUAAUGCUAAUACUGAAGACGUUACUCAUGUACCACCCGUUAUGGAAAAGGGAAGAGAGGAAUGGACUUUAAAUGGAAAGACGCCAAAUCUGGAUGCGAAAUCAGAAGGCAGAAUUUAUGAUGAGGGAGCGCCGUUUUCUCAAGGAAAGAAUGGAGUGGAAAGCAACGUGGAAUUGGGGGAAACAGGUAGUGCAUGUCUUGGCCCAACUCUUGCUGAUGUGGAAAAAAAUAUGGCCAACACGUCAUUGGGUGAGAAAACUGGCCCAUGCAAGGAAACAAAAACACUAUCUUGGAAGAGGAGAGACCAUGGUGUCUCCCAGGCCAGUUUGUCUUCUCCUGUGGAACAAUUGGGGAAACGAAAGACGGGUGAUGCUAAGGGAGGGGGAGUUGUCUCUGGAAAGAAGGGACGUAACUCAUCACAAGCGGUGUUAGCGGAAGCAACAAAAAAGAAUGAAAUUGGAUCGGGAGUGGCGGUGGCUGGUUCUCAGCCCCGCCGACCGCAAUGA